AUGGAGCAAGUCAAUGAUCUAAAUGAUCAAUUACAAUCAAAUAGAGAGAUUACUCCGUCAAGAACUUGCGAGAGUGAAAAAAAGUGUAACUACAGGGAAGCUGUUUGGGCUAUUCUUGUCCUAAUUUUUGCCGGCGGUAUUGUUUUGGCCAUGACUUUGCCCUUCAUUCUUGAGCCAUUCAACACGACAACAACUACAACUACGACAACCACAACGACAACAACAACUCCUUUCGACGAAGAUUGGGCAAAUUGCGCGAGAUGCAAAGAACGGAAUGAAGAGUCUUGCUAUGCAUACAACUCCACGGGAGAAGAAUUCAGCGGCUGCCAACAGACGUGCACGACAAACGACUGUAAUUAUGAAAAUAUGCAUGGUUUCAUCUAA